UCAAAGAAGCAUAACCAAUUCACAUUUGAAUCCAUCACGUUCUUCUCGUCUAGCAACGACAAUCCUUAUAACAACAAUCAUGAAGUGCAUCGCAGCUGUAGUCAUGAUGGCCGUCGCCCUCGCCGUUGCUGAAGGAUCCAUUGUGCCACUGGCCUAUUCCACUCCAUUGGCCCUUGCUGCCCCACAUACCACCGUUGUUCAGCAGAACCUGGGUGCUCCACUGAUCCAUGCCGCUCCAUUGGCUUACUCUGCCAUUGCCCCAGCUAUUAGCUACGCCGCCCAUGCUUCCGUGAUCCCAACCGCUUACGUCCAUCAGCCAGCCAUUGCCGUCCUUGCCCAAAAGGAGGGCCGUUAUGUGGCCGCUACCCGUGGAGCUGUCCAUGAUGCCCCACUCGCCGGACACGCUAUCUCUCAGCAGUCUCUGAAUCUGGCCCCAGCCCCAGGAACUCUGUAAGCUCCAGAAAUGCUGCGUUGAGCUCAAUGUACCUUUUUAGCGUAAUCUACUGUGCUUGGAACCGAUUGGAACGAAUUAAAGAUGGAUUUGAUUGAAAACUAUUCUUCGAUUAUUCUAUUUCUUGUUAAUUGACAUCAAUAUCAUGGAACAAUUCCACGCCAAAU